AAAAAUAAUAACUAUUUUAUAAAUUUAAUUUUAAAUUAUAUUAAUUAAUAUUACGGCGAGGGAAAUAUAAAUUCGUUAAAAUUAAGGGCGUUGUUUCGGAUGGAAAAAAUUUAUUGGGGCUCUGUUUGAGCGGAAGGUUCAAAACAAGAUGGCGGAGAAUGAAAAAGUGUUGGAUUUAUCAGAGAAAAAUUUAAAGAAGUUGGAAAAACGAGAUGGUGUCGGUUUUCACAGCCUUAUUCUAGAUAAUAACGAACUUUGUAAAUUAGAAAAUUUAGAUCGAUUUCCCGAUUUGGAAAAGCUAUCAGCAUGUGGGAAUCGUCUUUCGAGAAUGUAUGGAGUUGCAAAACUGCAUCACCUUGUCCAUCUUGAUCUGUCAAAUAACAAUAUUGCAUGGAUAGAAGAUUCAGAAAAUUUUGUCAUCUUCACUUUAAAACAUAAUGAUAAUUCAGUACAAGAACUUUUUUGA